AUGGAUUCUGUAGUCAGUAUUCCGAACGGUAAAGUUCGUCAUCAUGAAAUCUUAACAACUAUCUUUCAAGGUUCAAUACCAGAACAAGAUUCAAAUAUUUAUAUUCAAUUUGAAAAAGAACAUCGUAAAUUACAACAAAAUCGUUCGACAUUAGAAAGACAAAUUCAAGAUAUACGUCAAGCAUUAUCUGGCAAAGAAGAAAAACGACGUUUAUUAGCUGAUGAAUUAAAACGUAAAGAUUCAUUACGAAAUGAAUAUACAGAUCGUUUACAAGAACAACUUAAUGGACAAAUUUAUGAUAAAUAUAUAGAAAAAUUAUCGAAUGAUGUUAAACAAAAACAAGAUGAAAAAGGUAGUUUUGUUGGUAUGGAAAAAACUUAUCAAAAAUUUAUUAAUCAAGUUCAAUCAACAUUAAAAUCAGAUCCAUGUUGUCCAUUAUGUUAUCGAAAAUUUGAAAAACAAUCUGAAGGUGAACAAUUAAUUCGUGACAUGGAAUCACAAGUCAAAGGACCUGAAUAUAGAAAUAAAAUUGAUCGUGAUUUAACAUUAUUACAAGAAAAAUUUGAAAAAUGUCUUAAUCUUAAACCAAUUUAUAGUCAAUUACAAGAUCUUGAAGAAAAAGAUAUUCCAACAUUAAAAAAAACUAUGAAACAACUUGAUAAUGAAAUAGUUCAAUUAAAAAAUAAACAAACCGAUUUAGAACAAGAAUUAAAUGAUCGAAUUUGUUUACCAUUAGAACAAUGUGAACAAAUUAAAACUGAUAUUAUUAUGCUUAAUAAAUAUAUUAAUGAAAGAAAAGAUUUUGAAACAAAAAUUAAUAAUUGUCAACAAAAACUUGGUAAAGGACAAAAAUCAUCGCCACGUUCUCUCGAUGAAGUAAAACAAGUUAAAAAUGACGUACAAAAUCAAUUUGAUCUUCUUGAUAAAGAAUUACAACGUAAACAUAAAGAACUUCGUUCACAACAAGAUUUAGUACAAGAAUUACGUGAAUCCUUAACAGAACUUAAAAAUGAAAAAUUAAAAUUAAGUUCUGAUAUACAAAAAAAAGAACGACUUGAUGAACAAUUACAAAAAUUAACAAAUUACAUUCAAACACUUAAAGAUGAAAUUGAAACUGAUAAAAUAUCAUUAGAACCAAUUAAUACUGAUAUUGAUAUGAAAAUAAAAGAAAAAAAUCGAUUAAAAAUAGAAAAAGAAAAAACAUUAUCUACACUUACGGAAUCUAUCAAUGUUCUAGAACAAAAAUUAAAUGAAUUAAAAGCAUUAACAACAACAAUUAAUAAUUUUGAAGAUCGUACAUCUAAAUUAUUAGAAGAACUUCGUUCUUCAUUCGAUCAAUUAAAUAUUCAAGAAAAACAAUUACAAUCAGAAUUAUCAACAUGUAUAACAACCAUAGCUCAAUAUAAAGAUGAUUUAGCACGAACUGAUAUUCGUUAUCGACAAUUAAAUGAUAAUCGACAAUUAAUUCAAAGUCAAAUUGAACUUGAACAAAAACAAAAUGAUCUUAUUGAACUCGAAGAAAAAACUCACGGACUUAAAUUAGAUUCACUUAUACGUGAAGAAAAACAAUUACGUUCAACACAAGAAACAUUAUUUAAAGAAAAACAUACAGCAUCAGCACGUUUAGCAACAUUAGAACAACAAUUAAUUGAAUUAGGACAAGAACUUGAACAAGAACAUUUAAAAAAUGCACAUGAACGUUAUCUUAAACAUUUUAUACAACAAACAGUUGAAGAAAUAGCAUCACAAGAUCUUGAACGUUUUUAUAAAGUUUUAGAUCAAACAAUGAUGACAUAUCAUACACAAAAAAUGAAACAAUUAAAUAAAAUUAUUCGUGAUCUAUGGAGAACAACAUAUCGUGGUUCAGAUAUUGAUGCUAUUGAAAUACGUUCGGAUGCUGAUGAAGAAAAUGCAUCAAAAACUCGUCGAACAUAUAAUUAUCGUGUUGUUAUGCUUAAAUCUGGUUCUGUUAUGGAUAUGAGAAAUCGUUGUAGUGCGGGACAAAAAGUUCUUGCUUCACUUAUUAUUCGACUUGCAUUGGCUGAAGCAUUUUGUCUUAAUUGUGGUAUUCUUGCAUUAGAUGAACCAACAACAAAUCUUGAUUUUGAAAAUAUUGAUGGAUUAGCUCAAGCAUUAAUUGAAAUUGUUAAAAGUCGUGCAAAUUUAAAAAAUUUUCAAUUAAUUGUAAUAACACAUGAUGAAGAUUUUGUUGAUUCACUUGGUAAAUCUGCAUAUGCAGAAAAAUGUUAUCGUGUAUCAAAAACACAUAAGUAUGUUUUUAUCAUUUAUUAA